UAUAUCCUACAUUAAUUUAGGUAUUUAAAAUUGAAUUUAUAAAUCCUGUUGACCUCUAAUCAUUAAUCCUGAUCAAAGCUUUCCUACGAUUAAUAUUUUUUAUUGAAAACUUACAAGGAUGUUUUAUUGUACAAAAGAUAAAAGUUUUUCCUUUGAUUUACAUUUUAAAAUCAUUUAAACUAUGUUCGUUUUAUAUAUUAAAUAAAGUCAGGUAUAAUAUUCUGGUAGAUUGACCCCUGAACCGAGAUUAGCUGGCUAGCUGCCAGGGUCAACUCCGUAGGGGAAAGCACGUGUUUGAAAAGAAUUGAAAAAAUGGAAUACAAUUUUUUUUUCGAAUUAAAAAAAAAUUAUCUUAUGCACAAGUUAAUUUCCAAUUUGUGAUAAAUAUUUGCUCAUUUGAGCAAACUCAUGUUGAAAUACAGACUCCAGUAGCGGUUUGAACACUGUUAAGUGAACUGCUAUACCCUGAGUAGAACCUAGAGUACUCUAUAGUAGUACCUGGAGUAGAAACUAGAGAAUGGAAACUAGAAAAUGUCGAUUACGUGAAUCCUUGUUUCCUGGUGUUCCUCCUUUCCACGUGUUUUUACCACCAGAUAAACAGUACGAUGACCCACCAUGUGCAGGGCUUCAAGAGGAGGAGUGGCAGUUUCCGGCUCAAAUUAUGCCGAUAGUAAGAGAUAUAGUUUCACAUGCUGGUUUCAAGAUAGUCAAGGGUUUACUACGGAGUGCUGAGGAGAACGAGAUAAUCAGCUCUGGAAAUAUUUGGGAUAAUCUACCCCUUGUAGAGAAAUCAUUGGACGCCAUUGAUUUUACAAGAUUGAAGCAGGCUGUUAAAAUUAACAAGUUUCCAGCAUUUAGAGAUCUAAACAGGAAAGAUUUGCUGUGGAAGAAUUUUCGACGAAUGCAGCUGAUCUUCGGAAAACAAGAAUUCGGGUUCCAUCCAGAUACAUACUACCUACCAGAGGAGGCAUCGGAGCUACAUAAGAGAAUGAAAAUGGAGAACUAUGAAGAAGUUUAUAUUGUCAAACUUCCAAAUAAUUUCUGCGGAAUUGGAGCCUGUGUGGUUAGACAUCCUUCAAAGAUUCCUCACAAGAAGAAAGUUCACCAAGAGAAGAAUAAAAAAGUUAUAAAAGAGGAUCCGAUCAUAGUUCAGAAGUAUCUAACUAAACCAUAUCUGAUCAAUGGAUAUAAGUUUGAUUUCCGGAUCUACGUGUUGAUCACCAGUAUUGCUCCCUUACGCAUUUAUCUUUACAAGGACGGAUUAGUCAGGUUUGCUACGGAGAAGUUUAGUUUAAAGGAUGAAGACUUGGAAAAUACGUUUAUCCAUCUCACAAACUUUACUGUAAACAAGAAUGGGGAAUCAGUUACAGACUUUCCUCCUGGUUGUCAGGUGAAUAAAUGGACAAUUUAUCAAUUGUGGGAAUAUUUUAAGAAAAAAGGGGAGGAUCCAAGUGUUUUCUGGGAAGCAGUUAAGGAUGUUGUAAUCAAAACUGUUCUAUGCGCACACGAAAAAAUUUCAAGAGAAGUUGAAAAUAACAGUCCUUCAUUCUACAACAACUAUAAUCUUCUUGGUCUUGAUAUAUUCAUUGAUGAAAACAUGAGACCGAACCUGCUCGAGGUGAACACUAUACCUUCUCUCUUCAUUAACUCUAUAUCAAAGGAUAUUGAUACUAAUAUCAAGGGUCCACUAGUCGCAGAGACAUUAAACAUCUGUGGCCAUCACAUCAGUUCCAGUGUUGGGGUAAAAUAUAAACAAGAAAUAAUAAACAAGCAUCUCACCGAUUCAUCAACUAAAAAUAUUGGAUUUGAUCACAGAUUAUACGUGAAGACUCUAAAUGCUGAAGAGAGGAAAAAGCAGGAGUACUUCAUGAACAAGUAUCUUGGAACGGAGAACAAGGAUCUUAUCCUUGAUGGGGAGAAGGAUGAUGAUGAGGAUGAUGAGAAUGAGAAGGAUAAAGAGGAUCCUCUGCAUAUAUAUGAUGAUGAGGAAGAAGAAGAGAAGAUAAGUGGAAAUUGUAAAAAUAAUUCUAAAGAAAAACCAGAACCUUCCAUCUUGGACAAUCUUACUCCUUGUGAUGUCAGAGUAUUGAUAAACACAGAGGAUGAGUUGACCCAGACCGAGUUGUAUGAGAGGAUAUUUCCAACUAUUCAUACGAAACCAUACCUGGACCUCAUGAAUAAACCAAGUUACUACGAUCUUCUCCUCACUGCCUGGGAGGAAAAAUAUUUAGAUAAACCCAGAGAAGGGCUGGAGAGGCUUCUCGAUGAAUGUAUCGAAGGAAAACAUUUGAUUGUCCCGGAGUCUGAGAAGCGUAUGAAGACUCCAUUUAAACCUGUGUCUGAAGUAGCGAAGAAAGGGUACAAUGUUCCUCAUAUUUUCAAAGAUAAAUAAUGUUCCUCAUAUUUUCAAAGAUAAAUAAUGUUCCUCAUAUUUUCAAAGAUAAAUAAUGUUCAUCAUAUUUUUAGAGAUAAAUAAUGUUCAUCAUAUUUUUGGAGAUAAAUAAUGUUCUUCAUAUUUUCAGAGAUAAAUUAACAACAUAAUAAUAGUCGAUCUGUAAAAGCAAUCUAAACCAAAUUCAGAAUUCAUUUUUCAUGCUCGCCAUUGUAAACUGUUAGAGAGUAUAAAUUAUUCAUAUUUUAUAUUCUGAUAUUAUCCUGUCCGACAAUGAAUUAGAUUAGUUUUAAAAAGACAGGAAUUUAGAAUAUUUUUGGUUUAAAACUAUUAGUUUAUCAAAAUACUAUGCAUUUUAAAGCUAUACAGUUUAAAAUUUAGUUUAGUAUUUCUUUAAGCUUUAUAAGCAAAUUAGUCGUCUAUAGUAGACAUAUUUAGUAUUCUUUAGUCUAUAUUAGACUUAGAUCAAUAAAAAGUUUUUUUGUUUUAGACUUGUUUAAAUAUACAGGAUUACCUACGAAGGAUGAGACUGUAAAGACGACAAUUGAAACUUUUAAGACGAUCCCAAGAUUAAAUUUAGUAUUCCGUCUUGGAUAAAGUCUUUUAAUGGCUUAUUAAAUGAUUUGGCAAAGAAAGACACUAGUUUACAGUUGCAGGGCCGGAAUCAUGAAUAUAA